UGUGAUUCCAAAGGUUUGGAUGCUUGGCUGUGACAGAGGCUGAUGAGCUUCGUGCUACAGCGAGGUGGUACUUCCUAAAGGGAAGCAGCCUAAUGAAAUAAUAGCAGUUAAAUUCUGGGAUGCAACCUGCGUGGAUUUUUUUUUUUUUAGGAGGAGGGGUAAAAAAAAAAAAAAAAAAGCCUUUGCCACUCUGUGAAAUUCCGUUGCUAAUCUGAUUUCCACGUGGCUGCCUCCCCUUGCAUCAGUUUGGUGCAGUGCUGAUCCGGGUUCCCAAAGUGCUGGAGAUAAAUGCAGCGUGGGAAUAAUCACUCAAACUUCAUCUUCCUGCUCUCUCUUAGCACGUCUCCCUGGCACUGACAGCUCUGCAGAUCCUCCUGCCUGUGCAUCAUCCCCGGGGCUGAGGAUCCGCAGCGGGCUCAGCCUCAGCCUUGGAGCCACGGAGUGUUGCUGGCAAAGGUGGAUUCCAGGCGGUUCUGAGGCAGAGCUGAUCCCCUCUGGAUCAGCUGGCACGCCAUGGGAAGAGUCUGGAAGCGCAGCCUUGAGUUUCUUCGAGUGCUGAGCAAUUAAUUUGGGCAAGCAGGGAGUUGUACGUGCGCACUCACUGCUAUGGACAGUGCUAUCACCCUGUGGCAGUUCCUCCUCCAGCUCCUGCAAGAGCCUCAGAACAAGAACAUCAUCUGUUGGACCUCCAACGACGGGGAGUUCAAGCUGCUGCAGGCAGAGGAGGUGGCCAGGCUGUGGGGGAUCCGCAAGAACAAGCCCAGCAUGAACUAUGAUAAACUCAGCCGAGCGCUCAGAUACUACUACGUGAAGAAUAUCAUUAAGAAAGUGAACGGUAAGAAGUUUGUGUACAAGUUUGUCUCGUAUCCGGAGAUUUUAAAUAUGGACCCGCUCGUCGUGGGCCGGAUAGAAGGAGACCCUGAACUGACUGGCUUUGGAGAGGUCAACAGCGCUCCAAAGGACGUGGAAAACUGUGGGAAGGAGAAGUCCCAGUCGUGUGCUAAGUCCUCGAGCCGCAACGACUACAUCCACUCAGGCCUGUACUCCUCCUUCACCCUCAACUCCCUCAACAGCUCCAGCGUCAAACUCUUCAGGUCCAUCAAGAUCGAGAACCCGGCGGAGAAGCUGACGGAGAAGAAGCCUCAGGAGCCGACCCCCUCCGUCAUCAAGUUUGUCACCAUGCCCUCCAAAAAGCCCCCCUCGGCCCCCCUGGUCUCCACCACCUCCGCGGUCUCCGCCGCUCCCGCCGCGUCCUCCUCCCUUCCCCUGGGAUCCGAGGAGACCCUGCAGACCUUGGAGACGCUCGUCCUGCCCAAGUUAACUGUCCCCGAAGCUCCAGCACCUUUGCCGAACUUAACCAGCAGCUUCACCCCGACCCCCCCCAUCUCCUCGGUGUCUCCCACUCUCCAGGUCCCUUCCACGCCCCCGUCGCCGCCCCUGAGCUCCAAUCCCGACCUGGACAUUGACACGGACAUCGAGUCCGUGGCCUCCCAGCAGCUGGAGCAGGCCCAGAGCCUCCAGCACCAAUCCCCAGAGCCCAAAGAGCAGGAUUCAGCCGUGCUGGAGAAGGAAUUUGCCAAUCACCUCUCCAGAUCUAAGAAACCCAAAGGGCUGGAGUUGGCUCCUACUCUCGUCAUUACGGGCAGCGAUCCAAGUCCUCUGGGCAUUCUGAGUCCUUCUCUCCCCACUGCUUCUCUUACUCCAGCACUUUUCUCUCAGACUCCCAUCCUGCUGACUCCCAGCCCUUUGCUCUCCAGCAUCCACUUCUGGAGUACCCUGAGCCCGGUGGCUCCUCUCAGUCCUGCCAGGUUGCAAGGUGCUAACACCCUCUUUCAGUUUCCAUCAGUGCUGAACAGUCAUGGCCCAUUUACUCUGUCUGGACUGGAUGGACCCUCUACCCCUGGCCCGUUUUCCCCUGAUCUCCAGAAGACAUAGCACAUGGAACUCAUGGAAAAGGACACGUUGGCAAGCAAGGGAAAGAUGGGACACUUCUAUUUAACCACGUUUUUUAAAAAUGAGCAAUUUAUAAUUCCACACAGAGAUUCUCAACGAUCGUAGUUUUCGCCAUUCCCAAGUAAAAAAUGCCUUUUUUUUUUUUUUUUUGCAAAAUUCCCUUGUUUUCUGAAGAACCCAGGUUGGGAAUGUAUAUGCAAAGGCCUUAAUAGGAGCUGCAGCUCCAGUUUUCUUCUCUUCCCUCCUUGGUUUGGAAGAUUUCACGUGGUCAAAAAGGGACUUUUUGGUCGGUGUUGCAGCAACUGAGUCUGCAGCGAUUGCAGUGAACGGUGUCAGGGAAGUCUUUUCUCUGUGACUUUUGGGGGAAA